UGAGGAAAAGGAGCGGUGGAAAAUGGACCGUGUGCCUUUAAGGCGCCCGACUGCCUGUCGCUUUGUGCUGCGGAGAGACUGACGCCCCGUGGACCCAGUGGACACGGACACCAUCCUGGAGAAGUUCAAAGAGGAAUCAGCCUCCGUCCUCCUCCUCGAAGACGAGCGAACUGCGCCGCGGUGUUUCUCAGUUGGAUGCCGGUGUGAGCUGCCAGGAUGAGGCCUGCUCAGCUGAUCCUCCCCACCACAGCAGCCCUCCUCUUCCUCCUCUUCCUCCUGUCAGGACCGUCCCCUACCUUCGGCUGCAACAAGGCCCUCUGCGCCAGUGACGUCAGCAAGUGUCUCAUCCAGGAGCUGUGCCAGUGUCGUCCGUCUGAUGGGAACUGUUCCUGCUGUAAGGACUGCAUGCUGUGUCUGGGGAAUCUCUGGGAGGAGUGCUGCGACUGCGUGGGGAUGUGUAACCCCAAGAACUACAGCGACUCCCCCGCCACAUCGAAGAGCACGGUGGAGGAGCUCCACCGCCCCAUCCCCUCGCUGUUCCGCGCCCUGACGGAGGGCGAGGCCCCCAUCAACAUGAUGGUGGUGUCCUUCCCCGUGUCCGAGGAGCUGUCGCACCACGAGAACCUGGUUUCCUUCCUGGAGUCGCUCGACAACCAGCACCAGAACGUCUCGGUGCCCGGCAACAGCAUCCACACAAGCUACGACAAUCAAGAAAACAUGUGCACGGUGGUCUACUUCGACGACUGCGUGUCCAUCCGUCAGUGUAAACUCUACUGUGAGUCGAUGGGAGGAUCAAAGUACCGCUGGUUUCACAACGCCUGCUGCCAGUGCAUCGGGCCGGAGUGUGUGGACUACGGCAGCAAGGCUGUGAAGUGUUUGAACUGUCUGUUCUGAAGGUGGAGGGGGGGACACGUCGGUACCAAAUGUCUGGGCUGCACCGGAGGACUGAGGGCAGAGGCACCCAUGACUGUUGCAUGUUAGCACUCCUCUAAAUAUCACCCCCUCCUCCCCUCUCCUACCCCUACAAAAUGUUUUUACUGUGCUGUU